AUGCCGAGUACAAUACGCCCCCGUAUGUUCCUUGAACUUAGUGCAGGCACGGAGCCGAUUGGUCGUCUUGUGGUAGAGCUGUUCAUCGAUCAGACACCUAAGACUUGUGAAAACUUCCGUGUUCUAUGUACUGGGUCCAAAUCUCCCUUGAGCUACAGACUGACUCCAAUUCACCGAGUAAUUGAGGGCUUCAUGAUUCAAGGCGGCGACACAACCAAUCGUGAUGGAACUGGAGGAGUGUCGAUAUAUGGCGAUACCUUUGAAGACGAGAACAUCCGGUGGAAGGAUAUCGAUGCCCCAGGCCUUCUUUGCAUGGCAAAUCGGUGCAAGGACCUUAAUGGCAGUCAAUUCUUCAUAACCCUCCGCCCCUGUCCCCACCUCAACGGCAAGCACACCGUGUUCGGCCAUUUGAUCUCCGGCCAAUCUGUGCUCGACCGCAUUCUCGAAAUUCCCGUGGACAAGACCUACCGCCCCACCAUCCCCAUCCUGAUCAGCCGCUGCGGAGAACUUCAACCCCCCCAAGCUCGCGCCAUAGCCAGCGCCUCCGCAACCACAUCCGAAGACCGCGGCCGCCGCAAACGCCGCCGCUCCACCUCCCGCUCCCCCGCCCGUUCCGAAUCCCCAUCUCGAGGCCACCACCGCAGAUCUGCAUCCCGCCACCGGUACGACCCCCGCAAACACCGCCACAUCUCCUCUUCCCCGUCCUCCACACCUCCAAAACACCGCAUUCGCCGCCGCAGCGACGCAUCGCUUGACCACAACCUUCGCGGCCGCCCGCGCCAGCGCUCCCGCCAUCGCACGCGCUCGCCGAUUCUCGAGAGCGCGAGUCCGAGUCCGGGGAGAUAUCGCCGCAAGAGGAGCCAGCCGCCGAGCCGGCGGAGAGAGUAUAGGGAGGGGAGGAGCCCGGACCAGAGACGGCAGCGGAGCUUGCCGAAUAUUUACUAUGACGAGAGCGGUACGCCGCGGAAGAGGGAGGGUUCGGGGUUGGGAGAGGUGAUGAGGACUUGA